AUGCCUCUCCUACCUUGUCUCCUCCUCCUCUUCCUGUGCGUUCAUGCCCCUGCCUCCCAUGCCAUCCUCAUUCCUCCGCUCCCGACCACCUAUGACGGUUCGAUUUGCUCGCAGUCGUUCAUGUGCGGCGGCGUCAAUAUCAGCUAUCCCUUCUACCUUCCCAACGCAACCAGAGAGACCGCCGAUUACGGAUACAGCUACUCCUGCGGCUACACCGACCUGUUGAUUUCCUGCCAAGGCGAGGCGCCGACCGAGACCCCGGUCAUCACUCUCGGCGGCGACAACUACGCCGUUCAGAACAUCUUCUACGACACCCACACCAUCAUUCUGGUGGACAGCGAUGUGCUCGUCGGCAGCAGCUGCCCUGCAGUCCGCCAUGAAGUCAGCUUCAACGAGAGCUGGCUGCACAACAGCAGCUCCAGCGGCAAGCUCACCUUCUUCUACGGCUGCUACCCACGCGGUCCCGUGCCGCAACAAUUUGACGCUUACAAAAUCAAAUGCGCGGGGUUCAAGAGCCCGCCAGGUGUUGGCGCAGGAGACUCCUUCGUGCUCAUGACUGAUGAGCAAGAACUGCCUACGAACUGCAGCGAGGUUGUCACCGUGCCAUUGAGAAGCGAUGUUCUGAUGGCAGCAAGUAAUAACCAGAGCAACUUCACAAGCGGCGGAUACGGAGACGUGCUCAAGCGUGGGUUCGAGUUGGAAUGGAGCCGUAUCACAGAGGAUGGGUGUCACCUGUGCGAGGAGUCGAACGGGCAAUGCGCCUAUAUCCAGAAUAGGGUAUUCCGGGGCUGCUUGUGCCACGGAGGGAAGGCGGGCAACCCGUACUGCAAACACAUCGCAUCAAGAUCAAAAGGGAAAACAACAAUUAUUGCUGGUAUUGUUGCAGGCAUGUUAUUCAUGUGUCUAGUAAUUCUCAUAUUCUUCUCGGCUUGUAAAUAUGGUUGGCUCCCCCUCAAAUCGAAGGACGAACCAAGGAUUGAGUCAUUUCUACAAAAGAAUGGGAACCUAUAUCCGAAAAGAUACACUUAUGCAGAUGUUAAAAGAAUGACGAAAUCCUUUGCUGUGAAGCUAGGCCAAGAUGGAUUUGGUGUUGUAUACAGAGGCAACCUCCAAGAUGGCCGCCAGGUAGCGGUUAAGAUGCUAAAGGACACCAAAGGUGAUGGUGAGGAAUUUAUGAACGAGGUGGCUAGUAUUAGCAGAACUUCUCAUGUCAAUGUUGUGACACUUUUAGGAUUUUGCUUGCAAGGAUCUAAAAGGGCACUUAUUUACGAGUACAUGCCUAAUGGUUCACUUGAAAGGUAUGCCUUCAAUAGCAACAUGAUUAGUGAAAAUUUACUAAGUUGGGAGAAAUUAUUUGACAUAGCAAUUGGCACGGCUAGAGGACUUGAAUAUCUCCACUGGGGAUGCAAUACUCGGAUCGUGCAUUUUGACAUCAAACCACAUAACAUCCUAUUAGAUCAGGAUUUCUGUCCUAAGAUCUCUGACUUUGGAUUGGCCAAGCUAUGGUUAAAUAAAGAGAGUGCUAUCUCCAUUGCUGGCGCAAGAGGGACAAUAGGUUAUAUUGCCCCAGAGGUUUACUCAAAGCAAUUCGGAAUAGUAAGUAGCAAGUCAGAUGUGUAUAGUUAUGGAAUGAUGGUCCUUGAGAUGGUUGGAGCAAGGGACAAGAAUACAAGUGAAAAUAGUGAAUCUAGUAGCCAAUAUUUCCCUCAGUGGAUUUAUGAACAUUUGGACGACUACUGUAUCAGUGCUUCUGAGAUUGAUGGUGAGACCACAGAGCUUGUGAGAAAGAUGAUAGUUGUAGGUUUGUGGUGCAUACAAGUGAUUUCAACUAAUCAGCCAACAAUGACUAGAGUCGUCGAGAUGCUAGAAGGAAGCACAAGUAAUCUGGAAUUGCCACCCAAAGUUCUCUUGAGCUGA